CCGCGCAUUUUAUAAGGCAAUAAAGGUCGCAACACAUAGUCCAUCCGAUUGGUCAGUCUGUCACCGACGCGCGAGUCGCACCACCGUUAGCGCGCGAAUUUAUCAAAUUAAAAAAACAAAAUGUUUUUGUUAAUAACAGUGUCGUUGCUGAUUGCUGGCGCACAAGCCAAGUUCUACACAGACUGUGGAUCAAAAUUGGCGACAGUGCAAAACGUAAGCGUAAGUGGCUGUGAGCCGAAUUCUAAAGAAUGCAUCUUGAAGAGGAAUUCAAACGCUACUAUCUGCAUUGAUUUUACACCAUCUCUUGAUGUGAAAGAUAUAGAGACAGAAGUACACGGUGUGAUUAUGAAUCUUCCGGUGCCGUUCCCUCUACCACAGCCUGAUGCCUGCAAGGACAACGGACUCUCAUGCCCCUUAAAGGCUAACCAAGAAGCUUACUACAAGACUACGUUACCCGUCCUGAAAUCCUAUCCUAAAGUAAAGGUGGAUGUAAAAUGGGAGCUUAAGACGGAGUCCGGUGAAGAUCUUGUUUGCAUUCUCAUUCCGGCGCGAAUCCACUGACGUACGAAAUGAUAACAGAAAUCCAGUUUAAAUUAAUCAGUUACGGAUUAUAUUUUGAUACAUUUUGGUAAACGGUGAUAUUAAGCGGAGACAGAGUUCAUAUGCGUAGACAUAAUGGAUGUGAGACAUAAUGGAUGUGCAUCCGAAAUUGUAUUAGAUGUUGAUAAUGCAAAUAUUCAUAAGCGUAAUUCUGUCGUUGCCG